UUCGCUCGUUAAAAUUGCUUUUUAAAACACUAUAUAGUUUUGGCAGCAACUAUAUUCUUGGGGACUUAUUUGAACCUGGCAGUAGCAGCCCUUGGGGAGGAGCUCUGGCCACCUGGAACCUGCAGCAAGGACCAGCUUUUCGUUGACCAGAACAAAUCAUGACAGACGACUGCAUUUGUCACCAGGAUUGUCCAUAUAAGAUUGAGGAUGCAGAAGAGGAAGAAGAAGAAAACGCUGUCAGGGUGAUGAUGUAUCGAAGCGACAUGAAAUUUGACAGAACAGAUGAGAAAGGAGGCGUCCAAGAUGAUACCAAGAGUAGACCGGAGGCCUCCUUGGUUCAAGCAAUACGUCAACACGAUGAACCCACGAUAAAAUCUCUACUCGAUCACGGCACAGACCCACACAAAAAGGACCCAGACAUCUCCAACCUCAGUCCAUUUGAAUAUGCAGUUCUGGAACACACCACUAGGUGGCAGACGCAGAUGAAAAUACUCCGUCUGCUCCUUGAUCAUGAAAAAAUAAUUCCGGAAGACGAGCAUUUGCAUGUCAUCCUACAGGCGGCCAUUUUUGUUGGAGACGAAGAUAAAGUCAGACGUUAUCUCGAUUUGGGAGCAGACGUUAAUCGUACUGAUCCAAGAAUUGGCGGGCUGCCACCAUUGGGCAGUGCUAUACUCGCCGAUUACAACAAAAAUCAUCCAAAAAUCGCCGAAAUUUUGCUGCGGCAUGGUGCGUUAGUUAACCCACAUCAAAACAGCGCAGACCACUUAGACACGGAUCUGGGACAAUUCCAAGAAUAUCAGUUCAGUCGGUGCUGGAGUUCACACCUCAAAGGACUUGUUACACGGCCAACUUGUCGCCUCAUCGAGGCAGGAGGACGUGCGAGAAGUUUUGAUGGAAAGUUGGUGAAAUUAUUAACAUACAUGCAUCCAACUGGUGGAAAUUUGAUUUUUAGCGACACCUCAAAUAUAGUCAAGGCGUUAGUUCUUUCCGGGACUUUAUCACGGGGAGAAAUUAAGGAGUUAUACGACGCGUGUAAAAUAACAACGACGUACAAAUCCGCUGAAGGAUUUCUGCGAAACUUUUUGACCAGUGGUGCAACUCUGAUGGAGCUUUGCCGCAUUAAACUCCGGGAAGAAAUCGCCCCGCCAUUGUUUGUGAACGUCUUGUCACCUGAUCUGUGCCUACCACCUGAUCUGAGAAAGUACCUCGUCGAUCUAACUAGUUAGGUAGAACGUUUUACCAGUUUAGUUUUUCAAGAAGUAUCAAGGAUUACAUUAUAGGCCACAAGAUUUAUGGGAAUGAGCCACUGAAAGUAUGUUCAGGAGGUCGAAUUUAAAACUUUAGAAAAUUGAACUUAAAUUGAGACAAAUGUGAAUAGUUGUGUCAUUGGGAAGCACUUUUCAGAAAGAGAAGACAACACGUAUCUUCUUCACGGAGCAACCUGAAGAGAAAUUGUCAACACUGCGGUGUUGCCAAACAGAUCUGCAAGGGGGAGCAGUCUCUGUUCAGGGCACCUUAGGAGGUCGAUUUAUGUACCAGAAAAACAAGAGGCCAGGUGAAACAAGGGUGAACCAAUCACAUCUUGUGAGAUCCAUGACAUCAUUGAGACGUUAUUUGCUGGCUCUGUUAGCUUUUACCGCACGUUGUGUGACGUCAUUCACGUCAUCAACUGCUGAUGCUGUUUUAACAAUGUUCACAUGAGCCGUGAAAAGAUACACGCCUCACUCUGUAAUCUACAGGGUGUCAUGAAAAGUCAGCAUCCUCAUUCAUCACUCACCUUUC